AUGGACGUCGAUCUUGCUACGUGUGAAACACUGGCCGCAGACUGUUCAGCCUGGGGGCAGUCUGUUCAAAGAAGUCUCUCUAAGUUUGAGGUGUCACUUGCCAAGAAAUCGGAGGCAAAGAGACAGAGAAGGAAGCUUCGAGUACUGGAUGCUGGCAAACGAGGACACAGGAAGCUGAGACAAGGACAACAAGAACACAGGAAGCUGAGACAAGGACAACAAGAACACAGGAAGCUGAGACAAGGACAACAAGGACACAGGAAGCUGAGACAAGGACAACAAGAACACAGGAAGCUGAGACAAGGACAACAAGGACACAGGAAGCUGAGACAAGGACAACAAGGACACAGGAAGCUGAGACAAGGACAACAAGGACACAGGAAGCUGAGACAAGGACAACAAGGACACAGGAAGCUGAGACAAGGACAACAAGGACACAGGAAGCUGAGACAAGGACAACAAGAACACAGGAAGCUGAGACAAGGACAACAAGGACACAGGACGCAGCUGAGACAAGGACAACAAGGACACAGGAAGCUGAGACAAGGACAACAAGGACACAGGAAGCUGAGACAAGGACAACAAGGACACAGGAAGCUGAGACAAGGACAACAAGGACACAGGAAGCUGAGACAAGGACAACAAGGACACAGGAAGCUGAGACAAGGACAACAAGGACACAGGAAGCUGAGACAAGGACAACAAGGACACAGGAAGCAGCUGAGACAAGGACAACAAGGACACAGGAAGCAGCUGAGACAAGGACAACAAGAACACAGGAAGCUGAGACAAGGACAACAAGGACACAGGAAGCUGAGACAAGGACAACAAGGACACAGGAAGCUGAGACAAGGACAACAAGGACACAGGAAGCAGCUGAGACAAGGAAAACAAGGACACAGGAAGCAGCUGAGACAAGGACAACAAGGACACAAGACGCAGCUGAGACAAGGACAACAAGGACACAGGAAGCUGAGACAAGGACAACAAGGACACAGGAAGCUGAGACAAGGACAACAAGGACACAGGAAGCAGCUGAGACAAGGACAACAAGGACACAGGAAGCAGCUGAGACAAGGACAACAAGGACACAAGACGCAGCUGAGACAAGGACAACAAGGACACAGGAAGCUGAGACAAGGACAACAAGGACACAGGAAGCUGAGACAAGGACAACCAGGACACAGGAAGCUGAGACAAGGACAACAAGGACACAGGAAGCUGAGACAAGGACAACAAGGACACAGGAAGCAGCUGAGACAAGGACAACAAGGACACAGGAAGCAGCUGAGACAAGGACAGGAACAAGACAAGGACAACAAGACGCAGCUGAGACAAGGACAACAAGGACACAGGAAGCUGAGACAAGGACAACAAGGACACAGGAAGCUGAGACAAGGACAACCAGGACACAGGAAGCUGAGACAAGGACAACAAGGACACAGGAAGCUGAGACAAGGACAACAAGGACACAGGAAGCUGAGACAAGGACAACAAGGACACAGGAAGCUGAGACAAGGACAACAAGGACACAGGAAGCAGCUGAGACAAGGACAACAAGGACACAGGAAGCUGAGACAAGGACAACAAGGACACAGGAAGCAGCUGAGACAAGGACAACAAGGACACAGGAAGCUGAGACAAGGACGCUGGAAGAGGGAGUGGGAGAGGAGAGAAGACGUUUCUAUCCCACUUUGUACACCUGCACGUGUAGACCAAUAG